AGAGUUCCCGGUCGUAUUGUUUUAUUAUUAAUAGAAACUCGGCGACGAUUCGCUCGUUUCAUUGUGUCGAUCACGGCGGUGAAACCAGAGGUCGACGAAGACGAACGACAACGACGAGGACAAUCCGUCCUAAAGCAUCAGUCGAAACAGCGAGGUCUCGUAUGAGCACGUGAGGAACCGUUAACAACGGCUACGCUCUCCGGCGGAGAACCUCGAUCGAUUUAGCUUUGCACCAUAUGAUGGCCAAAUCUAGCGACUUGGAUUGGCAAAUCGAGCAGCUAAAGAAGUGUAAAAUUAUCAAGGAGGCUGAGGUUAAGGUACGAGGUGCGCAGGUCAACUUGUGUGCAAAAGCGAGUGAAAUCCUGAUCGAGGAAAGCAAGGUCCGUUAUCCUGACAGAAUCACGUUGGUGAGAGGAAAUCACGAAUCACGAGAGAUAACGCAAGGAUCUUGAAAACGGUGGACCGGUUUUAAAAUUAAAGCAGGAAUGCGAGACACGCUGGAAUUCGCUUUUUUAUAUGAUAGAGAGAUAUAUUCAAUUGGUAAACCAAGUGAACACCGUAUUGAUCACCCUUCCGCGAAAAAAGCAGGAGGAUGUCCCAGAGAUGACAACACGCGCCGAGCUACAAAUUUUGAAAGAUGCCUGUGCCAUUUUGUGUCCAAUCGAAUGUGUUACCACGGAAAUGUCGGGCGAGUCGUAUGUCACGUGCAGCAAAAUCAUCCCCAUCGUUAAUUGCCUAGUGAAAACUUUGGAAAAACUGAACAUUGAGCACGAUAUUUCAGACUAUCUGCACAAAAAUAUUUUACGAGAACUUCGCAAAAGAUUUGUGAAUGAAGAUUCAAACGUUGAAAAAAACGUUAUGCUCGCUAUAUCCACUUUGCUGGACCCACGCUUCAAGAAACUGCACUUCCGCAGUCCAUUAGCUGUUUCUACAGCAAUGAGUAAGAUAUGUCAAUUGAUGAAAGAAAAUCAGAGAGGGAGUCAAUCUACUGCUGUCGUAGAUAAUAUAUCAAAUACUAUUGAGAAAACAAAAGAUUUGUGGAACGUUCACGAUGAAUUGAUAGCAUCUUCAUCAACAAACUGCGACGAGCCUGGUGGCGUACCAGUCGAACUUCGACAGUUCCUUAAUGCUAAUGUCGUCAACAGAAGCGAGGAUCCACUAAAAGUUUGGUAUAAACUGAAGGAUAUUUAUCCAAAGGUGUACGAAAUAGCCAUGAAAUAUUUCGUGAUUGUGGGAACGUCUGUCCCAUCUGAACGCUUAUUUAGUGCUGCUGGAGAUAUUAUUAGCGCAAAAAGAAGCAGAAUUACUGGAAAAAGGGCAUCGGAGAUUAUAUUUCUAGGAUCUCUACCUAAAAAAUACUGGACCUAAGUCACAGCGGUGCGGCGUCUCACCCGUAUACCACAUUAUUAUUAUUCAAAGUUUCAUUUUGCCAUAACUAUUAUUCAUUUUAC